UUUAGACUUUCGAGCUUAAUGUUCUGUCGUCACUCGAAGAUGGCGUUUUUUGCAAUAUUCGUGUCAGCUGCGAAGCUCGCCGGAGUUUUGGCGACCGUCACAGUCGCCGCCAACGUCUUCUCCUUCGAGCGUUACCGGAGAAAGAAUCUCCGACGUUUCAAUUCACCUAUUGACGAGUCUUCUGAGAUUCUGGCAUCUUUUAAUGUUAACGCAGAAGAAGAAAAUGAGUUUUUCUUUGGAUUGGCAACAGCGCCAGCGCAUGUUGAAGAUAGGCUUAAUGACGCUUGGCUCCAGUUUGCAGCAGAAAACCCUUGUGAAAAGUCACAGUCACAUCAAGGCCUGGAACCAGCAGAUGCGCUGAUGGGUUCAGCUACCGGCGAUGGUGGGUCUCAGCAAGCUUCUCUUUCUGGAAAAGUUAAUAAGAAGAAGAAGCAGCUUAAAUUUGCCAUGGAAGCUAUGAUAAGAGGGUUUUAUAAGUACACAGAAGAUGAGGCACCACAUGAAGAAUGUCAUCAUAAUGUAGCUGCAUGGCACAAUGUCCCACACCCGGAGGAGAGGCUAAAAUUUUGGUCUGACCCUGACACGGAAUUAAAGCUGGCAAAAGAUACCGGCAUCAGUGUCUUUAGAAUGGGAAUAGACUGGACACGAAUUAUGCCAGAGGAGCCUGUCAAUGGGCUCAAAGAAACUGUCAAUUUUGCAGCUGUGGAGCGGUAUAAAUGGAUCAUCAGCAGGGUUCGCUCUUAUGGCAUGAAGGUGAUGCUGACCUUGUUCCAUCACUCAUUACCACCAUGGGCUGGUGAAUAUGGUGGAUGGAAGCUUGAGAAAACUGUUGACUAUUUCAUUGAGUUUACUAGGCUUGUUGUUGAUAGUGUAUCAGAGCUGGUAGAUUAUUGGGUGACAUUCAAUGAGCCUCAUGUCUUUUGUAUGCUAACUUAUUGUGCGGGUGCUUGGCCUGGUGGUCAUCCUGAUAUGUUGGAGGUUGCUACUUCUGCAUUACCUACUGGUGUUUUCAAUCAGGCAAUGCAUUGGAUGGCUGUGGCACAUGCAAAGGCAUAUGAUUAUAUCCAUGAAAAAAGGACCUCUUCAAAGUCAAUUGUUGGAGUUGCACAUCAUGUAUCAUUUAUGCGGCCAUAUGGUAUAUUUGAUGUUGCUGCUGUUUCCCUGGCUAAUUCUCUUACCCUUUUCCCAUAUGUGGAUAGCAUCUCUGACAAGCUUGACUAUAUAGGCAUAAAUUACUAUGGACAGGUCUGUUACUUCUCUAAUCUAGAACAAUCUGGACAUGCACAUGUAAGUCUGCUGAUACUUGCAUUUUAUCAGGAAGUGGUCUCUGGAGCUGGACUAAAGUUAGUGGAGACAGACGAGUAUAGUGAAUCUGGGCGUGGGGUAUAUCCUGAUGGUCUAUUUCGAAUGCUCAUUCAGUACAAUGAGAGGUACAAACAUUUAAAGCUGCCCUUCAUAAUUACCGAGAAUGGAGUUUCUGAUGCAACAGAUCUGAUCCGUCGGCCAUAUCUGGUGGAGCAUUUGAUUGCUGUUUAUGCAGCAAUGACAAUGGGUAUUCCAGUGCUUGGUUACCUGUUCUGGACUAUUUCUGACAAUUGGGAGUGGGCUGAUGGAUAUGGUCCCAAGUUUGGACUCGUGGCUGUCGAUCGUGAAAAUGGUCUUGCACGCAUUCCGCGUCCUUCAUACCAUCUGUUUUCUAAGGUGGCAACUACAGGUAAGAUCACUCGUGAAGACCGGGCACGCGCAUGGAAUGAACUCCAAAGAGCUGCUAAAGAGAAAAAAAUGCGACCAUUUUAUCGGGCAGUUGAUAAACAUGGUUUAAUGUAUGCAGGAGGCCUUGAUGAAUCUGUACCUCGCCCUUUUGUUGAAAGAGAUUGGCGAUUUGGACAUUACGAAAUGGAAGGUCUGCAGGACCCAUUCAGCCGCCUGUCAAGAUGCAUUCUUCGGCCAUUUUCCAUUAAAAAGAAAAGAAAGCAUAUAAAGGAUGACGACGAUGAACUUGUCUUUCAACCACUUGAAUAUGCUGUCUGAUUGCCUAGUUAGGCUCUUGUAACAUAUACUUCCGCCAAUGAAUCUGCCUAAGCUACUGGCUAUUGCACAUUUUGAGCAAAAGUGAAUUCACGGCUCAAGCUUCUUGAAGGUCAUCCCUAAGCAAAUAUAACUCGAACAGGAACAAAUUAACGAAAUGUGCCUGGUGUGGCUUCUUUACAAAAGCAUGUACUACAUUCUUUAUCUGCCAAUUGUAACAGGACAAAGUAUCUCUUACCAGGAUUGGCCAUUCCUGUUGUUAGAAUUAUUGUGUUGUAAAAAUAGUCUUAAAUGAUUGAAUUAUUACCAACUAAGCAGGUUAUGAUUGUAAAAUCGUAGGCUUAGUUGAUUGAAUUAAGUGAAAUGCAUGUUAUUUUGAUAA